GAGAGAGAGAGGGCUGCCUGCGCGCCCUCACACACAAACCGCUGUGCCAAUAGGCGUAUGACUAUCUAAUUAAACCGGUAUCACGUAAUCCCUCGGACCCCCCUCCCCCUCCUUAAAUCCCCUCUACCCCGCUAAACCCAACUAGCUAAACCCAACUCUCUCUCUCUCAUACCGGUGGAAGCCCGCGCCCUCCCAGCCGUUAGCUGCCUCGCUCGGUCUGCUUGUUGUUGUCUCACGGGGCUUGAGUGUGACGCUGUGACGGUAUCAUGGUUUGCAGGGCUCCGCCGCAGUAGCAGCAUAAGAGGAAGAAGCAGAACAGUAGCCGUGUGUUCCAAGCAGCCAGUCCGGACUCUCUUCCAUCUCCUAUCUAUCGAGCGGAGGACGCAGCCAGAACAAGCAGAGCAUCCCGUCUCUCUCGUCCCCCAUCGCUACGCUCGGUGAUCAUCAGCUCGCGGAGCUCUCCGUUUGAUAAAGGGUUGUGACCAGGGACCUGGUAGGUGUUGUUGCCGCUGUAGUCCAUCGCUGAGGUUGUCUCAGAGACCAAGUGUGUUUCGCCACGGUGUUGCGUCGUUGCCAUGGGGAAACAGAACAGCAAGCUGAGGCCGGAGAUGCUUCAGGACCUGAGAGAGAACACCGAGUUCUCCGACCACGAACUACAGGAGUGGUACAAGGGCUUUCUGAAGGACUGUCCCAGCGGCAACCUGAACGUGGAGGAGUUCAAGAAGAUCUACGCCAACUUCUUCCCGUACGGAGAUGCCUCCAAGUUCGCCGAGCACGUCUUCCGAACGUUCGACACCAACAACGACGGCACCAUCGACUUCCGGGAGUUCAUCAUCGCGCUGAGUGUCACGUCACGGGGAAAGCUGGAGCAGAAACUGAAGUGGGCCUUCAGCAUGUAUGACUUGGAUGGGAAUGGGUACAUCAGCCGUGAUGAGAUGUUGGAGAUCGUACAGGCCAUUUAUAAGAUGGUGUCAUCUGUGAUGAAGAUGCCGGAGGAUGAGGCCACGCCGGAGAAGAGAACAGACAAGAUCUUCAGACAGAUGGACCUCAAUAAUGAUGGUAAACUGUCACUGGAAGAGUUCAUUAAAGGUGCCAAAAGUGAUCCCUCUAUCGUGCGGCUACUCCAGUGUGACCCCAGCUCCGCCUCCCAGUUCUAACCCACGCCCACACUGAUUGCUAUGGAAAUAGUAACUCCAAUUAGUUUAUGAUGGUUCUCAUCACUCAUAUAUUUUUGGUGUACAAGAUGGAGAAAGCAAAAAUCAUGAUCAUUUUACUUAACUUUUUUUUUUAAGGAAAUAAGGGACAUGCAUACAUUAUUAUUCAGAAGAUGAUACGACAACUGAGAAUACAAAAAACAAGCCGUUGUCCGAUGUGUUUUACUGUCGCUCUCUGGAUCCGGAAGGAUGGAAUUCUGGAAGAAUGGGAUGGAAUUCUGGAAGAAUGGGAUGGAAUUCCAGAAGAAUGGGAUGGAAUUCUGGAAGAAUGGGAUGGAAUUCUGGAAGAAUGGGAUGGAAUUCUGGAAGAAUGGGAUGGAAUUCCGGAAGAAUGGGAUGGAAUUCUUGAAGAAUGGGAUGGAAUUCCGGAAGAAUGGGAUGGAAUUCUGCUGAGCUCCGCUGCCUCACAACGUCAGAAAGUCCGUCUGCCAUUUUUACAAUGUCUGUUUAUUUUGGGGAAGAUAAUGAAGGGAACAUUCCAUCCUGAGAACCAUGCAUGGGCCAUCUGUGUUCUAAUCAUUCUGUUAAGGCACAGCUCCUCCAAUCCUCUUCCACUUGUAUAUCCAUAUUUAUGUGUAUAUACAUGUGUAUAUGACAUUAUACGAAAUGAAUAGGCAAGUAUAUCUAUCUGUCUUUAUAACUCCUGUUGCAUUCAGAAGGCAGUAUCAUGUAGAUGUAUUGUUUGCUCUGAUCCAAUAUGGGAAUUGCCUAAUCGUUUGUUCAUAGAGGGAACAUGGGACCGGGACAGGGAAAGAAGUUGUGAUGUUUCUGAUAUAUGAUCUUUCACUGCGGUAAAGAAAGCUAUUGGGUUUUUAUUACUGAUGAUAUAAAUGUAUUGUUUUUAUUGAUUCAUUUAAAUGGUUUAUUGUUAUACAUUUUUUUUUGUGCAUAAUAUUGUUUUCCUCAUGUUGUUUACUUGUUUUUAUUUAUUUUCAUUGUUGUGGUUUUUUAAUUUGAUUUGACAUUGAAGAUGAUUAUAACACAGUCCUGGAGAGGAAUCCACUGAAAGAAGGAAAUGAGGACUGUUCCUUCUCAUAUGGACAUUGACUUGUCUUUGGGAACCGUCCGUCUCUGUCCAAGAUGGAAUGUGGAGAUUCCAAAGUUCGGCAUUGGAAGGGAAAAAUUGGAAUAUUCUAGAAUAUUUAUAUCAGGUGAUUCUAUAAUGCAUUUGAUCAAUGAAACCAGUAGCAACACAUCAUAUAAUUUGAGCCUCCACGAGUGUAUGCAUGUAUGUGUGUGUGUAUGUUUUGUUGUGUGCAUGUGUGUACAGUAUGCAUGUGUACAGUUUGUGUGCAUGUCUGAGUGUGUGCAUGUGUGUACAGUUUGUGUGCAUGUCUGAGUGUGUGUAUGUUUUGUUGUGUGCAUGUGUGUACAGUAUGCAUGUGUACAGUUUGUGUGCAUGUCUGAGUGUGUGUAUGUUUUGUUGUGUGCAUGUGUGUACAGUAUGCAUGUGUACAGUUUGUGUGCAUGUCUGAGUGUGUGUAUGUUUUGUUGUGUGCAUGUGUGUACAGUAUGCAUGUGUACAGUUUGUGUGCAUGUGCAGGCUUUAAACUUUAACAGUAUUAUACAUUCAUGUUGUUUAUUAUUAAUAUGUCAUAUAAGUAUUUAAAGUUAGUUAUUUUAACACUUUUAUCGCAUCACUGAGCGGUGAAGUACAGUAGCCACGUCGUCACACGCCUCACUGCAUGGUGCACAAAACACGAAAACCCCCAUCACAAAACAGUUCCAUUUCAUAGCUCUACUUUCUUCAGCAGCCUACCAGACCACACACAGAAGACACACCGACAUGCCGUCUUUGCGCACUCUUGUGCGUGUGUGUCACUUUGGGACAAACCCCCUCCCUCCCGCCUUCUGCCAGACACAGAGCACAACACACUAAGGGCUUGAUUAUCUCUAUCCCUGCUGGCCUUGAUUAUCUCUAUCCCUGCUGGUCAUGAUUAUCUCUAUCCCAGCUAACCUUGAUUAUCUCUAACCCUGCUGGUCUUGAUUAUCUAUAUCCCUGCUGGUCUUGAUUAUCUCUAUCCCUGCUGGUCUAUAUUAUCUCUAUCCCUGCUGGUCUUGAUUAUCUCUAUCCCUGCUGGUCUAUAUUAUCUCUAUCCCUGCUGGUCUUGAUUAUCUCUAUCCCUGCUGGUCUUAAUUAAUGAUCUCUAUCCCUGCUGGUCUUAAUUAUCCCUAUCCCAGUGCUGUUCUUGAUUAUCUCUAUCCCAGUGCUGUUCUUGAUUAUCUCUAUCCCAGUGCUGUUCUUGAUUAUCUCUAUCCCAGUGCUGUUCUUGAUUAUCUCUAUCCCAGUGCUGUUCUUGAUUAUCUCUAUCCCAGUGCUGUUCUUGAUUAUCUCUAUCCCAGUGCUGUUCUUGAUUAUCUCUAUCCCAGUGCUGUUCUUGAUUAUCUCUAUCCCAGUGCUGUUCUUGAUUAUCUCUAUCCCAGUGCUGUUCUUGAUUAUCUCUAUCCCAGUGCUGUUCUUGAUUAUCUCUAUCCCAGUGCUGUUCUACCUUCAUUUUCAAUGUGUUAACCGAGACAGUAGAGAGUGGAAUUGUUUUAAGGCAAAGAUCACUUAGAGGUUGCAUUCCAAGUGACGCCCUAUACCUUAUAGACUCCACUACUGGUGACAGUCAAGGACCAGAGGACUCUGAAUGAGCGCACCGUAAAACUUUAGUAUAAGGGUAGGUAAUAAACCAUUUAUAAACCAUUAAUAAACCAUUUAUAAACCAUUGAUAAACUAUUUAUAAACCAUUUAUAAACUGUUUUCUCUCCAUGUAUUAAUCAUGACUCCCACAUGUGUAAAUGUCAAAUCAAAUCAAAUUGUAUUUGUCACAUACACAUGGUUAGCAGAUGUUAAUGCGAAUGUAGCAAAAUGCUUGUGCUUCUAGUUCCGACAAAGCAGUAAUAUCUAACAAGAAAUCUACCCUAACAAUUUCACACAACAACUACAUUAUACACACACAAGUGUAAAGGAAUGAAUAAGAAUAUGUACAUAAAAAUAUAUGAAUGAAUGUCAGGAAGCAUAGUUAUUCAGACAUGUGUAUAUAUAGUUCCUUAAACAUCCUGUGUUGUGCGUUGGUUCUAUCGCUUGGUACUGCUGGAAUGUCUACCAACAGCAUGUCCAUCAUGCUGUGACAAAUUACACCGCUCACUCCAUGUUAUAUCGUAUUUAUUACAUAAAUGGCUUUCACUUUAUAUUAGGGGCUGCAAAAAGACCUUUCUAAUGAUUAGCAAAUGGUUUACAAAUGUUGGAUUAAUGAUUAAUACAUGGUGAACACACACACUUUAUAAAUGCCUUAUAAAUUAUUUAAUACAGUCUCUUACAAUAAAGCGUUACCGAGUGCACACUUCAGGAGAAAGGAGAUAUUAUUUGAAAUGCACGCCUAGUUUCCCACCAUGUGUACUGCACUGCACCUCUACUAUGGGCUCCCAGUUCACUGCCCCCUGGUGAUUGGAUGUGAUUCCAGGGUCACUGCCCCCUGGUGGUUGGAUGUGAUUCCAGGGACACUGCCCCCUGGUGGUUGGAUGUGCUUCCAGGGUCACUGCCCCCUGGUGGUUGGAUGUGAUUCCAGGGUCACUGCCCCCUGGUGGUUGGAUGUGCUUCCAGGGUCACCGCCCCCUGGUGGUUGGAUGGGGAAUAUUUGCUUCUCCACUACUGCAAAAUUAUGGUAACAUUCCCAAAAUGUCCAGGUUUUCUAGAAAUCCUGAUUUUUUAAAAAAGAUUCCCAGAUUUCCUGCUUAUUCCAGGAAUUCUUCUAAUUUGGAUUUCUGGAAAAACCUGGACAAUUUGGUAAAGUUACCCAACACCGUCCUACCUACCCUUUUUCUGUUCUAACUGCCUCCAACUAAUAACUUGAGUUGGAUCGAGAUUAAAAAUAAACAACUCUUUCUUCCUCCCUUGUUUCUGUUGCAUGACAACCUCUAGUGAGGAUGGAUUGUUCUGUUUUGAACCGAAAUCGAUAACAAAUAUACCUUCUGUGUUUCAAACA